UGUUUAUGGGGCUUUUUUUGUUCGUUAACUUCAUCAUAUUAGCAUGUUACGUUUAUCGGUCAUUUCAGUCAGCUUCGCCGCAGAAACCCUGCUUAUUCAACUUUUUGGCUUUUAAAUCAGUCUUUUCAUCCCGCUGAGCGGACUACAGCGACUAUCAUCAGCAGCACACACCGGCUUUUUUCUUCCUCUCACGUUUUCUCCAUCCAGCCAUCACAAUGUGGACGGGAAGGCGACCACACAGGCGAGGAGGAGCAGCCGGGCUUUCUUACAUCUUUCUGAAUUUUCUCAGCAUUCAGGCUCUGUAGGAGAGCUUUCCUCACAAAUGAAGGCGAAUAACGGAAAGAAGAGGAUCAGCUAACGUUAUCCGACGUCUUUUCAGCUGCGCCGUUGCUUUAAAUCAGCCGCUAACGUCUUUAAAUGUGUGAAAAAAGGGCCAUUUAGCUGCGUUAAGCUACUUAACCUAGGUUAGCAUUUUUUUUGCUACUGGGUCUCUUUUAGCUGUUUUACUGUUUCAAGACAGUCGAGAUGUCUAUUUGCAUCCAAAGGAUGCUGGAUUGAAUCAGAUGUACUUUGUGGUAUUGUGGCUAGAUAUCUAGCUGUGGUUAAUUGGAAAUACAGCUAUCUUACGUUGGACCGUUAAAACCGUUAAAAUUUAAACCGCAGCCUCGUUUUCGUUUCAGCGCCCUGUUGUUUUUCUAAACGCAUCCAUCGACGACUGUUUAUAGCCUUAAGGUUUAUUUCUGAAUACAAUUUUUGUAAGCCUGUUGUGUAACCUGACGUUAAAAGAGCAGCAAGUCUUUUUUUAAUCGAUGUCUUAAUUUAGAAGACGAGGGUUGCUGAAGUUAAGCAGCUUAAAGUUUGUUUUAUUUCUGUAGCUAAGCUAACCGGGUUAGCCUUUGCCGGGAGGAGGACUUUCGUAGCUACAUAAGCGCAGCUUUGGCACGCUAUGGACGGGACCACCGGGGUCGCUGAGGAGGGCGGCACGUCUGUGGAGGCCCUGCCCGGCUACACGGAACUGCUGAGCGGCUCGUACCGCGCCGUGCUCGGCGCUCUGAGGGAGUGCACCGACUGCGGGCUCGAACCAUCAGCGCGCGCCCUGCGCGAGCACGCGCGCCUCUCCCCCGUCGAGAUCGCCCUGUUCUUCAUGUGCACCGUGAUGUGGACGGAGCUGCGGCGCGCGCUCACUGCACGCGUGUUCGAGCCUAUUGCAUGGUGGUGUCGUCUCCAGCCCAAAGAUGUGGAAAAGAUGCCAGAAAGUGCUUGGAAGUUCGUCUUCUACACAAUGUCGUGGUCCUACAGCACCUAUCUUCUUUUCUUCUCCAACUACACCUUCUUCCAGGACCCUCCAUCUGUGUUUUACCACUGGAAGAGUGGGAUGCCUGUGUCCACGGACAUCGCCAUCGCUUAUCUCAUCCAAGGGAGCUUCUACGGGCACUCCAUUUACGCCACACUGUACAUGGAUGCGUGGAGGAAAGACUCCAAGGUCAUGCUGCUUCAUCAUGUCAUCACCCUGGCGUUGAUCACCUUCUCCUACGCAUUCAGAUACCACAACAUAGGAAUUCUGGUUCUGUUUCUCCAUGACAUCAAUGACAUUCAGCUGGAGUUCACCAAACUCAACGUCUACUUCAAGAACCGCGGAGGCAGCUACUACCUGUUAAACGACAUCCUAUCUAAUAUGGGCUCUGUGAGCUUCAGCAUUACCUGGUUCUGGUUCCGAUUAUAUUGGUUUCCCCUUAAAGUGCUGUAUGCUUCCUGCAUCACCAGCUUGCAGUCCGUUCCCAACAUCCCUUUCUACUUUUUUUUCAACACCCUGCUGUUCGCCCUGCUCCUCAUGAACGUCUACUGGUUCCUGUUCAUUGUACUGUUUGUGGUGAAAGUUAUAACCGGGCAGAUGAACGAAGUCACUGAUGUGCGCGAGUACGAGGAAGACGAUAAAGUCCAUAAAGCCAAAAGGGAUGACAAUGGCCAUCAGGGCUCUGGAGAAGGGAAACGUGUACAGAAUGGAAUCAACAAGAAGAAGCAUCUAUAACAGCCUCAGUACUGCCACCUGCUGGUACUUACAUUUACUGCAAGGAGCACAGGUGACCUAGUUUUACUCGGACACUCCAAGGUCCAGCAGCUAUGAUCCUGCAGGUCUGCCUUUUCUGUGAUCAAGUUUUUGUUCGACAAUUCUCAUUUUAUUGCUUUUGUUUCUAUUAUUAUAACACUGUGAAUGUUAUUUCAGGUGAUCUUUGUAUUAAACAUGGUUUAAGACAACAGAUAGAAGUGCAGUGAACGUCCUCUCACAUCUGUCUUUAAUAACAAUAUGAUAAAAUGAAGAAAAGUGAAGAAUUUGAGAAAAGGAGGGAUCUGUGUAGGCCUGACAAAUGUCUUUUUGAGGACAGAGGCGUUCAUGAUGAGGUUAGUGGUCCAGAGCUUUGCCACAGUGGCUUUGUAUUUGUUUGUUUGUCUUGUUUUUUCUUUUAAUCAGAGGGCUUAAUGUAUUACAAAGGGAGAUUCUCGAGGCACUCUGAACCUGAGUGCAUGGAUUUGUUAGGGCUAUUUUCAUUCCGUGUACUGAUUUUCAGAGACUUUCCAGAGACUUUCUAACAGCCUGACCUGAUUUAUAAAGCCACAAAGUGACUGAAGAAGAGGUUUGUCUAAAGGGGAAAAAAACACUUUUGCCAUGAGGAUAAAAUCAGUAGAAGCUGUUGCCUGUGUCGCUGUACAGACAAUGAAGUGUAAUUUCCUUUUUUAAUCUGCAUCUGUUGUUGCACUGAAAUGAAGGCAUGACUAAAUGCAGCCACAGCAACAGGAGGCUGAAUGUUAUAUUGCUGAUCAAAAUUAAUACGGAUAUAGAAAAACCUUUAAAGCAGUAUUUUAACGGAAAACAAUCCGAACAAGUUGUCAUGAAAUUCUUCUGUAGAUCAGAAAUCCAAUAUUUAUGCGCAUAUAUGAUAUUCAGGAUUGCAUGAGAUUGGGAUGGUUUGGUAUAUGAAAAGUAUCUAAUAUCCUUCUGGAUAAGCGGUUUUCAACCCCACUCCUAGGGACCCCAACCUCUGCACGUUUUUGUGUUUAUUCUACUCUAAGGCUGCGUUAGAAUCUAUUGCUAUUGUGCCUGUCCUACCCUGGAAGAACAUGGGGGGCAGGAGCAGGAGGAACAGAGAACAGACAGUAAUGAGGGAAAGAACUGCGGCAUUAAACUUCAUAUUAACUACUGGUGAACUAAUUCUAGGGGUGCUGGAAACUGGAAAGUGAUGAAUGAGUAAAAAAUAUACCUGAUGUGCAGAAAUCUGAGUGAUGUUGAAUAUAGCGCAGUAAAAGCAGGGCACCUAUUCUCACGCCCUCCAUGCUUGGGUGUAUCUUUCAACUAGAACCCCGGGGCAUAUUUCACAAAGCAAGAUUACUCAGUUACCCAGAUAACUUAAGCCCAAAGUUCAGGAUUAUCCAAUAGAAAUGUUUCUCAGCCUUGGGCUGAAGGAUUUGGGGAAAAUAUCUAAUUGGGAAUUUCUGACUAAUUGCGACUGCAAUUUAAAUUGCAGUUAUUUUCUGUAAAUUAAGGUUCACCCCUGAAUGUAAUGUGCCAGACUGCCAGUAAGUUGUGGUAGUGAUGUCACAACACAUGGAGGUUUGGUUGCUUCUA